UCACCUGGUUCCGUUAUGUCGCUACUCACAAACAGCUCGCCACAAGCUGCCCUGCGGAUCCAUUUUUUAUUUAUCUAUCAAGAUAACGUUAGUUUCGCGAGCUUGGGAAAAUAUUUCGAUUUAAAUAUGUUUCCUGCAACUAGAUCUUUUUUGAGGUCUAAGCUCCCUAAAUUGAUGAAGUAUGUGGUCCCUUUGCAAACUACAGUCAGACAUUAUGAUAUUCCUGAUCAUUUGAAAAAAGUUGUUACGGAGCCAAAUCCUAGCUUCUUCAGGAUGGUGGAGUACUUCUACCAUAACGCUGUGCGCGUCUGUGAACCGGCACUUUUUGACCACUUGAACAAGCGCACUCAUUUGUCCGACAAGAAAAAGAACCAAAGGGUUGCUGGUAUUUUGAAGGUAAUGGGUUCGACCAACAGCAGUCUGCAAUUCGAGUUUCCGCUUCAAAGAAAAACUGGCGAUUACGAGAUUAUUCAGGCUUACCGCUGUCAACACAGCGUACAUCGCCUCCCUUGUAAAGGAGGAAUCAGAUUCUCAGAUGAAGUGAACUUGGACGAGGUUAAAGCUUUAGCUUCCUUGAUGACUUUCAAGUGUGCUGUUUCGAAUGUACCUUUUGGUGGCUCUAAAGGAGGUGUAUGCAUAAACCCUAAAAAAUAUACUGUGGCUGAACUCCAAAGAAUUACGAGGCGUUAUACUCUUGAACUAGCCAAGAAGAAUUAUAUCGGCGCUGGUAUUGACGUGCCAGCCCCCGACGUGAACACUUCGGGCAGAGAAAUGUCUUGGAUUGUGGAUACCUACAUCAAAACUUUAGGGUACCACGACUUGAAUGCAGCGGCUUGCGUAACAGGCAAGCCCAUCAAUGGAGGUGGUAUAGCUGGCCGCGUGGAGGCGACCGGGCGUGGACUGUUCAUGGUGCUCAACCACUUCAUACAGGACGCCAACUUGAUGAAGAUGGCCGGCACUGAAGCCGGUUUCAAGGGAAAGACAGCAAUUAUCCAAGGAUAUGGAAACGUCGGUAGUUUUUCAGGACUUUUCCUCACCAAACAUGGCGUCAAGGUGAUUGGAGUGCUGGAAUUCGAUACAUGCUUGAGUAACCCUGACGGAAUCAACCCCGUGGAGUUACAAAAGUAUAUGGCACAAAAUAAGAAGAGCGCUAAAGGAUUCCCUGGUGCAAAGGAAGUCGGGCCUGAAUUAUUGUUCGAAAAAUGUGAUAUUUUAAUAUUGGCCGCUAUGGAAAAAGCUUUGACAGGCGAUAACGCUAGCAAAGUAAAUGCCAAAGUAAUAGCUGAAGGAGCGAAUGGACCAACAACGCCGUCUGCUCACUGCAUUUUAGUGAAAAAGAAUGUUCUAGUGCUCCCCGACCUGAUCGUAAAUGCUGGAGGCGUAACCGUGUCAUACUUCGAGUUCUUAAAGAAUCUCAACCACGUCAGUUUUGGGAAACUGAGCAUCAAGUUCUGGAGAGAUUCUAAUACUGCACUUUUAGAUUCGGUGGAGACUUCGCUCAAGUGUGCGAAGGUGGACGCUCGGAUCGUGCCGACGGCGGCCUUCGCGUCCAUGAUGUCGGGCGCCAGCGAGAAGCACAUCGUGGACACCGGCCUCGAGUACUCCACCACCAACACGUGCGCGAACGUGAUCGCGACGGCUAAGACUCACAAAUUAGGACUGGACAUGAGAACGGCCGCUUACAUCAACGCCAUAGAAAAGAUAUUCUGCACAUACGACGAACACGGCUUGGCUUUCUAAACGUAUUACUAUAAAAUUUACGGUUUAGAAACCAAUAAGGAUAAGGUGACGUUAGAAACGUAACUAGUAUUUUAUACCUAACAAGAGCGAGUGAAAAAAUAGACUCGGUCUUGUUGACUGUAGACCACUCAAGACGACCUUCAUCAGGUUAAUGAACGAAUGCUUCCACACAACUCCCUCAUACAUGUAACAGAUCCACUUAAUAAAAUGUGUCUGCCAACCAACAAACGUAUUCAGAUAGUUCGGACAUUCGAAGGGCACCAUAAACAAGCAAACGGUGUUCUUUCGAGUUCUGGCUGUCUAUAAUUUAUACGUUGCAUCAACAAGGCUAGAUACAUUUAUCCUUUAAUACAUUCCAUCAAAGCAUAUUGGGGUGGUUGGUUACUCGUGAUUUAAAACAUGAAAUAUGAAUCUCGAUAGCUAUCCGCCUCUGGCUACAAUUAGCUUUUGUCUACUGCCACGUAACUUAAGUAUCGACGUUGAAAGGUCGUUACAAAACAUAGUUACAGUUUCAGAAGAUGUCAGCUUUCGUCAUGAAAUACUAGAUACGUGAGCCGCUUGAUGUCCCAUUCAAUUACACUAAUCACUAUCCACCCAAUUUAAUAAUACUCAGUUCACGUAAGAAAUGAACUUAACUAAGUAUUUAAAUUAUACACUUAAAUUGUCAAGUUGAUUUCUAGUAUUUCUACUUAUUGUCUUAGUUUGUUAUUAAUAUUAUUUUGUUACUUUGUUAUUAUUAUUUGAUAGUAAGAUAUUAUUAAUUUGUAUUACAUAUUGUCUUUAUGAACUCGUGGCUGAUUUCAGCGUUGGGAGUUUGACUAGAGUAACACGAUGCUUUAUUGUUAGUUUUAUUUAUGAAUUUCUUACAAUAUGCGUGUCGUGUUACUUGUAUUUUUAUUUAAAUAAAAAAUAUAUUUUAAA